GGCAGAUUAUACCUCCCCCCCACCCCCGGUCUCUCUCCCUGGUCUCCCUGCGCAGGCUGAUCAGCGCCAAAUUUUCUCUCUCUCUCUCAUCUGAAAAACUCCUAUCAGAGUUCAGCGGAAUCUUCUCUUCUGAGAGUUUGUAUUUCUACGAAAAGUUCCACUUCUGACGACGAGCAUGACCCCGAUGAAGAAGAAUCAACUGCCGCCGGCGCUGAUCGCCAAUCUUCAGGGCGUCCUUGCGGGAAGAAAGGAGUCUGGAAGUAGCAACGGAGAUGGCGAGGAGAAGGAGACGGUUUCGAAUGAGGAGAUGAGGGUUUCUCCUUCGGACGAUGGCUCCGGUUUAUUGCAGCCUGGGUCCAAGCCCAUUGUUCUCGUGACUAAUGGCGAUGGAAUUGAAUCCCCGGGGAUCGUUUUACUUGUGGAGGCGCUAGUCCGGGAAGACCUGUGCGAUCUAUUCGUUUGUGCUCCUGAAUCGGAUAAAUCUUCUUCUGGACAUUCUGUAUCGUUUCCGGAGACCGUUGCAGCUAGCUCAGUGGAAAUUAAUGGUGCGGUGGCUUUUGCAGUUUCUGGUACCCCAGCAGAUUGUGUCUCGUUGGCCUUUUCAGGCACAUUGUUUCCUUGGUCCAAACCAGCCCUGGUUAUCAGUGGAAUUAAUAAGGGAACAAGUUGUGGCCGUCACAUCUUCUACUCAGGUGCUGUUGCUGGAGCACGAGAGGCUUUAAUGUCUGGUAUACCUGCAUUGUCAAUUUCAUUGAACUUGAGGAAGGAUGAAAAUCAAGAAAGUAAUUUCAAGGAUGCAGUUGAUGUGUGCCUACCUUUGAUAAGAGCUGCCAUUAGGGAUGCAGAUAAGGGAGCUUUUCUUAAAGGAUGCCUCUUGAACAUUGAAAUCCCUGGUUCUCCUUCUACAAGCAAGGGAUUCAAGGUGACUAGGGAGAGUCUACAAAGACCUGUUCUAAGCUGGCAGGCUGUGUCAGCUAACAGGCAUCCAGGGCAGUACAUGUCCAUGCAUCAAAGCCUUGGUGUCCAGCUCGCACAGCUGAGUCGUGAUGCUUCUGCAGCAGGUGCAGCUCGUCGUGCAAGCACACAAAAGAAAAUUGUGGAAGUAGAGUCUGUUGCUGCAGCUGGGAAACCUGAGCAGCGAGAAACGAUUAAAAAGUUCUUCCGUUUAGAGUUUUUGCAGAAAGAGUUGGAAGAUUUAGAUGAUGAGCUAGAUUUCAGGGCUGUGGAAAAUGGCUAUAUAGCUGUUACACCAGUACACAUGAAUGUGCAUUUUGAGCCAGAGAUCCAGGCUUUCACUUCAGAUUGGCUUUCAUCAGCUCUUUCAGAACAUGGAGAAGCUUCCUCAGGGCAAAAAGAGUACUAACUUGUUUACAUUUUUCUAUCUCGGAUCUUUCUUUCUCCCAUUACCAAAGUUUGCUAAAAUCCAAUUUAAUUUCUUCUGCAUUUGUUUUGUUCUUUAUCGGCUGAUCAUGGAACACCCAAUCUCAAUCUGCUAUAUACCAUUGGUUGAAGCAUUUGGUGUGAUCUGCGAUAAGUAAUUUGCAUUCUUUCUUACAUUGAUUUUUUUUUUUUUUACAUUGAAUUUGUUUGAGUAGGUUGGAGGAAAAGUGAGCUUUCAUGUAUCUUUUAUUUCUUCUGUUGUCUCAGAAAAAAAUUGUUGUUUUUUGACUUUGUUUGUUGCUCAGAAGUUACCAUCUUCUUCCUAA